CGCCGCGGUAGAGAGUGGAUGGGCUAUGUCGAGCUCUGAAUGACAGUUACUUUAUUUGUUUAUUUAAGAUAUUUCAAGUCUGUCAGAUGAAUACCAAUCAUGACAAUAAUAUUAUUUCUCGUCGAUACAAGUGCAUCUAUGAACCAGCGUACAUAUUUGGGAACUUCUUUGAUUGAUAUCGCCAAAGCCUCUGUUGAGACUUUUAUGAAGAUAAGGUCAAGGGAUCCAAAUUGCAGAUGGGAUAGAUACAUGCUCCUGACAUUCGAAGACCCGCCUGCAAAUAUUAAGGCUGGCUGGAAGGAGAGCCAUGCUACAUUUGUGAAUGAACUGAAGAACUUGCAGACCCAGGGCUUAACCUUAAUGGGCCCUGCCUUGAAGCAUGCAUUUGAUCUUCUCAACAUUAAUAGAAUGCAGACAGGCAUUGACACUUAUGGACAGGGUCGCUGUCCAUUCUACCUUGAGCCAGCGGUGAUAAUUGUCAUCACUGACGGAGGAAAACUGACCACCAUGAACGGAGUACAGCCAGAGAUCAACUUGCCAAUGAACUCUGUGGUGCCAGGGUCUGAGCUAACAAAGGAACCAUUUAGAUGGGAUCAGAGGAUUUUCGGAUUGGUGCUCAGGUUGCCUGGAAACGUUCCGGUUGAUAUGGCAACCAAUACAUUCAUUCCUUCUGCAGAGAACCAUCCAUUGGAUGCCAUGUGUGAUGUCACAGGAGGUAGGUCGUAUGCUGUGCACACCCAAAAGAUGCUGAAUGGAGCAUUGGAAAGUUUAGUGCAGAAAGUUCAGGGAGGAGUGGUGAUAAAUUUUGAGAAAAUAGGACCUGACCCUCCUCCUCUAGAAAUCAAAACUGAGAAUGGACUCGACAGCAAUGGAAAUACAAAAGAAAACCAGGAUAUUAACACACCAAUCAAGCUGGAGCUGGAAGAGGAGAAGAAGACAAACUCACCGAUGAUGGGUCAGUCCAUCCCUAACAACAGCUGGCACAACUGUCGACGGCUUAUCUAUGUCCCCCGGUCAGCGCAGAAGGGCUACUCGGUCGGUCACUGGCCUAUUCCUGAGGCUUUCUGGCCAGACACAACUAACUCAACUCUACCUCCUCGCUCAGCCCACCCUGUGGUGAAGUUUUACUGUUCUCCCUGUGAGCCUAUGGUGAUUGGAAACCUUCCAUUUGAUAAGUAUGAGCUGGAGCCCUCCCCCCUCACCCAGUACAUCCUGGAGAGGAGGCAGCCUAACUCCUGCUGGCAGGUCUUCAUUAACGGCAGUGCUAAAUAUAGCGACGUGGGACAUCCCUUUGGGUAUCUGAAGGCCAGCAGUACCCUGAGUUGUGUUAACCUGUUUUUGAUGCCAUACAAUUAUCCUGUGCUGCUUCCACUAUUAGAUGAAUUGUUCAAAGUUCACAAGCUGAAGCCUACACAGAAAUGGCGUAGUCAAUUUGAUACGUACCUCAAAACCAUGCCAUCUUACUAUGCAGGGCCCUUAAAAAGAGCCUUAGCAAGAAUGGGUGCUCCAAAUCUAGUCCCCGACAAUAUGGACAACAGUUUGAGUUACAGUGUAAUCACUUACUUAAAGAAACUCAAAAACCAGGCCAAGAUUGAGAUGGAUCGGCUGAUAGCAUCUGUUGGUCAGAAGGUUCCUCUACAUGAGGGCAUUAAAGUGGAUUCCAGAACUAAAACCUCCAUUCUGCAGAGGCGGGACUUUAACCAGUUAUUACAGAAUGCAGGCGGGAAUCUUCAAAACCUGAAGCAGGAACUGACAGAUUUCAACACGUUUACUGUCGCAGUGGCUGACAGAGACAUCAAACCUCAAUACUAUAGAAAUCCAUAUGAUAUACCUCGAAAAAACCUUAUAGAUCAAAUAGCUAGAAUGAGAUCAAAUUUUCUACAAAAGUCUUACCAUAGAACAAAACUUGUGGAUGAUGAUCAAGCUCACAGUAUACCAGUCCAACAGAUGGGUAACUACCAGGAUUACCUGAAGAAACAGCCAGCUCCGCUAAGGGAACUGGAAACAUCUCCCGCCAGACUUCAUACCUUUGGAAAUCCAUUCAAAGUCAAGAUGAACAUGGUUGAUGAAGCAGAUGACCCAACAAUUGAUAAACCGUCCAAACGACGGAGCUUAGAAAGUCCCUCUCCAGGUCCCAAAAGGCGCAAAGUCGGUCCCCUCCCCAAGGACUACGUGUUCAGUAGAUCCCCCACCCCCUCCCCACCUGCCUCCCCGAUACCAGACCAGAUGCCUGAGGAAGACUUCAGUCCAAAGCCUGAACCUACAGAUUAUGACAUGGAGGAAAACAGUAUGUCAGAACGAGAAGAUGAAGAUCAGCCGUUAAUAAUCGCUGAACCGGAACAAAGCGACACAAAGAAAAACCACGUCAGGGAAAAUCAUGUUCCGCAUGGAGAGUCCGAGGAGCAUCUUCUGUUUAAUUCGGUGAAUUCUCGACAGAAGAGUGUUAACAAUAGUAAAAAGGACUCUCUGAUAUGGACUCACAACACCCGGUUAAAACACACUGUGUACAAAGAACUCAAGAAACCAGGACGAAGUAAGUGGAAAGAUUAUGACAACUUGUUUCACCAGUUAAAUUCAGUCCAGGGAAAUGUGGAACUUAAGUGUGCAUUUAUCAGUGAUGUUAUCCGUGAAGCCAGUCGUUUCAAGAAAAAGGUGCUAAUCCAAAUGUUGGAACAGUUUCAAAACUCACUGAUGCAAGUGGAGGGGAGGAAACGCAACAGCCUCACCAUGGAAACCAGAUGAUAUUAAAUUUCUUGCACAGGACAAUUUCAAGUUAUUGUGACAAGAUUAUAUUCCUCAUUGAUAUUCAACAUAAAUGCAUUGGAGAGAAAAUGAAAAUCAUUCACAUAGAAAUUUACUGCAUUAUGAAUUUAUGAGGCAUACAUUUUGGAAGAAGAAAAUGAGAAAAUCGAUCAUGAAAAAUCUUUAAUUAAGAACAUUAAUGAGGAUAUAAUUAGUAAGCAAUACCACUGUGUUCAGUUUAUAUGAGAUGUCAUAUUUGACAUGCAGAUCUGUGAUAUAUCAUCAAUCAUUACACAAGUAUGUCAUGUAAAUCAGGACUUUUAAAUCUUUUUUUUUUCUCAAUGUCAAUAAAAAGUUUAUGGAUUGUUAAUUUAAAUUUUUAUCAAUAAAUAUAUAUUUAAAACA